GUGUAUACAAAGAUGGCAACUUUUCAUGAGCAGGUGCAAAAGGCACUUUUAAACGUCGGCAUAGGAGCAGCCAGUGUUUUAACUGUAAUUUCAAUCUUUCUUAUUAAAGGAGUAAUACACACCACAUUUCAAACACCUAAAAAGCGUUCAAAGAAUAAAGAAAAUUCAAAAUAUAUCCAUUUGAACGAUGAAAUUUUAUCAAGAUUUUCGAAGGCCAUUCAGUGUGAGACGGUGUCGUAUAGCCAACACGAAACCGAGGGACCAUCGUGUGCGCAGGAACUGUUGAAACUCCAUGCAGUUAUAAAAGAUUCAUUUCCACAUGUGCAUUUAUCUCCUCUGGUUCAAUGUGAUGUGAUCAACAAGUAUAGCUUAUUAUAUACCAUCAAAGGGAGUGAUCCUUCGUUAAAACCAUAUCUGCUAAUAUCACAUUUGGAUGUUGUGCCAGUCAAGGAUCAGACUUGGGAUGUACCACAGUUUGAGGGUCUUGUAAAAGAUGGCUAUAUUUGGGGGAGAGGAACACUUGAUGUCAAAAAUGGUGUCAUGGGGUCUCUGGAAGCACUAGAGUUUCUUUUAAAAUCUGGUCAUUUGCCAAAUAGAGGUUUCUUCCUUGCAUUUGGACAUGAUGAGGAGAUAUUUGGUUGGAAUGGAGCUGCUUAUAUUGUCAAAGAAUUAGUAGCUCGUGGUGUGAGUCUGGAAUUUGUUCAAGAUGAAGGCUUAAUGAUAAUUGAUAACCUGUUUCCAGGAAUAACAGCACCAAUAGCCUCUAUAGGUAUUGCAGAGAAAGGUUCAAUAUCAUUAGAAUUGCGAGUCGAUACAGCUGUUGGACAUGCCUCUAUGCCACCUAGAGAAAGUAGCAUUGGCAUACUUUCUAAAGCUAUUACAAGGAUUGAAGGCAAUCCAUUACCUUCAACAUUUGGUUGUGGACCAGAAGUUGAUAUGCUCUUAGGAAUAUCUCCUGCAAUACCACUUCCAUUGCGGAUUGUGACCUCAAACAUGUGGUUCUUCAAACCUCUUCUUGUUUGGAUUUUAAGUAAAAACGUAACAACAAACGCGUUAGUUCGAACUACUGUUGCUGUUACAAAGAUUAAUGGUGGAACAAAGGACAAUGUAAUCCCAGCCUCAGCGACAGCGCAUUUAAACAUCAGAAUUCACCAGGGUGAUACCGUUGAAUCGGUUAUUCGUCACUUACGUUCGUGUAUAAAUGAUGAUCGUGUUCAAAUAAAGACAUUGGAGGCACAUUCUGAAUCUCCGAUUGCCUCUUGUGACAGCAAGAGUUUUGGUUACAACACCGUAGCAUCUUCAAUACUCGAUGUCUUUCCAGAUGUUAUUGUGGCCCCAGGCUUACUGGUUGCAGGUACAGACUCCAAACAUUUUCUACAACUGACGAGCGAAGUUUACCGGUUUAUGCCAUCACAUAUAAAAAUGGAGGAUGUAUCGCGCAUUCACGGCUCAAAUGAACGGAUUAGUGUAAAAAAUUACGAAGAAACUAUUAAUUUUUACUAUCGGCUUAUGCUCAAUGCGGAUAAAGCAAUGCUGUAGUUGUUUUUAAUUUAAUUUUCAUUUCGAUCAUUCAUUAAUAACUGAAAUAUAGAAACCUUUUAAUUCAAAUAUUACUAUCAACGAUAUUAUGGUUAAUGCAGCAAGUCUUCUAUCGGGUUAUAAUUAUUUUUGCAUGCAUCAUGCUUCAUUCCAAUAUAGUAAUUUACCAAUAAAAAUGCAGUAUUGUACCUUGUAUUGCGGAAAAAAUAAAAAAUUCAAUUAUUCCACGGAUUUGUCGAAUGGUGCAUUUAGUCGCCGGCUGCCAUGAGCGGUGACGAAUUAUUCUUUCAAAUCAUUCAUUCACUACUGUCCUUAUACUGUUCUUAUGAUAUCGGUAGAUAUCCGGGUCAGACGAGUAAAAAUGUAC